GGUGAGGCGACGGACAGACGCCGGCCGUGGGGAGGGGUGGGGCCGCCCGGGGGCAGGCGCACCGCUCAGGGGCCCGCCCGGACCUGGGGCCGGCCGGCCGACCGACCGGCCGCGCGAGGCCGCGCUCCAUGCUGACCUUGUAGCUGCCGGUGACGUCAGAGGCCGGACCGGGCGGCCCGAGCGGCGCUGGGCCGCCAGUCGGUAGCGGGACGCUGCGGGGCUGGGUUCGACUUCUGUCUGUCCGGUGCAUCGCCAGCUUGACCGUCUCACAUCCUGCGACCGACUCGACUCGUCACUCUACAGCUGCACCCGCCGCCGACUCCCCCAACCAGUGUCUUCAACAUCACUCUACCACCUCGACACUUGCCGUUCGACUGUCCGACCAUGGAGACCAUCGACACCCUGCCCGCUGCCGAUGGCUCCAACCAGCACCUGGCCACGCUGACCUACGAACAGGUCAAGCGGCUGCACGGCGUCCUGAAUGAGGUGCUCCCGAUCCACGGGCGAGGCAACUUCCCGACGCUGGAGGUGCGUCUGAAGGAUCUGGUGGAGGAGGUGCGCACGCGACUGCGCGAAGACGGCGUGGCCGUGCGCAGUGUGCGCGUUAACGGUGGCGCCGCUAGCCACAUCCUCUCCGCUGGAGACGGCGCUGCCACGUCCACCUACAACGACAUCGACCUCAUCUUCCUCGUGGAUCUGCAGACGCAGAAGGACUACGAGAAGGUGAAGACCGCCGUGCUGCAGGCGCUCCUUGAUCUCCUGCCGGCAGACGUCAGCAGGAAGCGCAUGAGCGCGUGCAGCAUGCGCGAGGCGUACGUGCACAAGAUGGUGAAAGUGAGCGACAACGACAGGUGGUCGCUCAUCUCGCUCUCCAACCACGGUGGAAGGAACGUGGAGCUCAAGUUCGUCGACACGAUGCGGCGUAAGUUCGAGUUCUCUGUGGACUCGUUCCAGAUCCUGCUCGACUCGAUCCUCCUCUUCUACCGAUGUGCCGAGCCGCAGAUCGUUACGGAGAACUUCUACCCGACCGUGGUGGGCGUCAGCGUCUACGGUGACUUCCAGGAGGCCCUUUACCACCUGCAGAAGAGGCUGAUCGCCACAUGGAAGCCGGAGGAGAUCCGCGGCGGCGGUUUACUCAAGUACUGCAACCUCCUCGUCAAGGACUUCACGCCCUCUGAGCCCGAGAACAUCAAGACCCUGGAGCGCUACAUGUGCUCUCGAUUCUUCAUCGACUUCCCCGAUGUAGCGCUGCAGCGCAACAAGCUCGAAACGUACCUGACCAACCACUUCUUCGGCGCCGACGAGCCCCUGAAGUACGCGUACCUGAUGGUCCUCCACAAGGUGGUGAGCGACUCCACCGUCUGCCUGAUGAGCCACGAGCGGCGGCAGACGCUGACGCUCAUACAGCAGCUCGCCUGCCAGGUCUACGUGCAGCAGCUGCAGAAGCACUACGAGGCCUUGCAGGCGCAGCAGGCGCUACAGGCGCAGCAGGGAGGUAACGCCCUGAUCCUGACCCCGUGCUUCACGAGCCCGCCGCCGACCACGCCGCCGUGCAACUGUUCGGUGGCGCAGCCCCAGUGCUCGUAGCUCGCGCGACACCCGUCCACCGCGCGUCCACCGUGAUAUUCUAGUUGCAAGUGACUCUGAUGCCGGCACCGUGUGGUGGCUACGGGGCGGCGCGCUGGCAGACUGGUGGACGGAUGCGGCGCCGAGUGGGCGGACGGGCGCGCGGGCUGGUAGCGGGGCGGAACGUGUGAGGUUCGUGGGUCAUAUUAUCUCCAAGAGCAGCACUCUGGCGGCGCACACAAGUGGGCUGUGCGGCUGGCUUCUACACCAUCUGGCAGCGGCGGCGACAGAAGCAGGCGACGAAGGUGACGACUGAAGGCGCUGAAUUCAUCUCCCGCUACAUUCCAGUGGAGCUUCUCGGCACAUUUUCAGAUGUCUGCGGAGGAGGAGAGCCGCCGGGUCUCCACCCAGACGACCCAGACGGUCAGCGACCUUCGACCGACCCAGAUCGCCGCGGGCCACUGUCACGUGGUCCGGCUCUCGGAGCUCCAUUAUCGGCUGCCGCGCCGUCGCCGCCGCCCCCCGCCGUCAGCGUCAGUUCCGCUUGCCUGCAGCUGUGCCGUGGGCGCCGCCUCUCAGCCAGCUGUGAGGCGGGAGAUUGACCCGGAUGAUGGGUCACCGCCCCAUCGUCCGCCGCCUCCCACCGCCCCGCCGCCCGCCGCUCGCCGCCGCGCACUCGGGAUAGUCCGCUGGCGCCCCUGCUCACCACACAAGUGUUGACAUGUUCAAACAUACAAAUAUCGCUGUGCCGCCAAUUUCGGGCUCAGAGGGGAUAGGUGUGCUUCCUAAGCUGAAGCCUCUCCGACCAUGGGUGUCGGCUCUGCACCCCUGUGGGGCUGCCGUCUCUGCGCGCCGCCGAACUGAUGACCGGGAUGUGCGCGGUUACCGAGGGGCCUCCUGUUCGGUUUCUGGGCUCGGGACCUCUACCGAGACCGCCGACACGGUAUAGGUACUGUUGGUCUUUCAUGCGUCUGUGCAGAAAUACAUAAAGACUAUUCGGAUUCGGGGCGUCCUGUAAAUUGCCGCCUGACGCCGCGCUGUGGCGCUCUGUCGGAGCGCUGCCGCUCAGAUGUGGGGGCGCCCGACACUGACAGGGGCUCGUUUGGGGCAUUCAGAGGGUGGCGAGAGGCCCGGACGCAGCUGUGACAUCAGGACUUGAACGCGCUCACUGGACACGAAGUAGCGGGCAGUGUGGAGUCGAAGCAGGGACGAUUUUGACGACAAUGUAAAGGUGGAGACAUGGUAUAAAAUAUAUGUAAUAGUAUUAUAAAAAGUAGAUAAAACUAGAGGUAGGAUCGCGACAAGAUUAUCCUAAGUGUCACAUUCAGAGUUUAGAGGCCGACUGAGAAAUUCAACUAACUGGCGUCCAUCAAUAUCUAAACAUAACUGUGCCAUUUUUGUCAUGCAGACUAUUACAAUAAGUCAGUUCGCUGGUUGCCAGCGUUGUCCGGCGGCGCGCUCGUGCCGGCCGCACGGUCUGUUUCUGUUUCCGAGUACCGGUGACAGCCCAGAUCCUUGUGAGACGCCUGUAGCGCCGUGUCGGGCCGUGUUCGACCGUUCUGUAACGAGGGUUGGUGACCGGAAGUGCCCCAUUCCAUGACGACUGUACCGUCGAAGCGUAUCGUGACAUCCAGAGCCGGGUGUAGCCCGCUCUGAGGUCCUGUCUGUCGCCUUACCGAAUGUACAGUUGCGGCUCCAGGUGUGUGUCGCAGUGUCGAUUUCGUCCGUAAAACUUCGUAUUUGAUUUUAUCAGCUUCAGUUUUUGUCUCAGCAUAAGCACUUCUCUUGCAUUGUGAACCUCAGCAUAGUUUUAAUUUCGAUUUAACGCUAAACAUAAUAAGAAGCCUGUGAGUUUGCUUUUGCACAGGGUGUGCGAGAAACGUCUGCGUCAUUUCUUUCGCAUGGAUUGGUUCGAUCACCAUUUGCGAUUUCUGUGGGACAAGGGUCCGCAAGGAGCUGCUUGCACUAGUCUGUCGACGUUUCUGGUCGGGUCGCGCCGAGGAUGAGCGCUGGCCGCCCACCAGAGCCCCCAGUGCCACCCGUUUCUCGCGCGUUCUCUCUCCUCUGUCGGUCGCGACGUCCAUACGAAAUGUGCGGCGUGUCAGCGGGCCGUCGGACGCCGGUCGUGACGGCCUCGACCCGACCGUCCGGCGCCGCGGCAGCCCCGUCCGUGUCUGAUCUCUGUCUGUGUUAGUGGGUAGAGCGGAUGCUCCGGUGGCCGCCGCGUGGUGUGGGGUGGCCCGACAGCUCGACCGGGCACUCUGGGAUAGGUGGAUACCGGGCCGGACAUCUGUGAAGGGUCGCGCACGGCCCUGUCCAUUUCGUCCAAUGCAGGACCUGUGUCAAUUUUACCGACAUGUACAAAGGUGUGACUCGUUUCUCAGGCUGUAAGUGGGAAAUUAUGCAGAUGGGACAUGUAUCCAACUUGUAUUUUGCAAUGUUUUUCUGUGUCGAAUGCUCUCUCCCGUCUUUUUGUGCCCUUCUAUGCUGCUCUCUGGCCAGCCAGGUAUCUAUCCAUAAAAACAAUACAAAACAAAUGGUUCUUA